UUCGUCGUCUAGCAUUACACUCAACUCGAAACCAAUCGCAAUCGCUCAUGUCUAUGGCAGAUCCACAGCUACCAAUAGCCAAUCGUGACGUAACGCAGCAACAUUUGAAUGAAUUUCUCGCAUGGCUGAAAGAAAACGGUGCCAUUUUGGAAGGACUAUCGUUUGGUGCCGACAAGAGCGGUAUGAAUGGUGUGAUAUUGACCAAGGACUUUGAAAACGAUCAGACCUACGCUACUAUACCAUUUAAGCUUAUGAUUACGGAGCCUCUUGUCCGCCAGCGGUAUCCGCAACUGAACGGCCUGUCGUCUAGGGCAGUUAUGAGCUUGUUUUUGUCAAACGAAUGGCAAAAGGGUGCAGAAUCGUUUUGGAUGCCAUAUCUAUCUGCUAUUCCUAAUCGUAUUAUGACUUCCAUGAUGUUUGACGAGCAAGAUCUCCAGAUCUUGCAAGGAACCAAUCUUCAGCUUGGAACCAUUAGUCGACGAAAUUUCUUGUAUUCCGAAUACGAAAAGAUUGUUGAAAUCCUGCCAGAGCCAGAGAGGAAAGGGUUUACUUGGGAGGUUUGUUUGUGGGGAUACACGGCUAUAUCGUCCCGAGCAUUUCCGUAUAGAUUAAUUGAUGGCAAGGCUGAAGGAGAGAUGAUGGUUCCACUAGCUGAUUCGUUUAAUCAUGAUCCUAAUGUCAAGGUCACUUGGAGUGGCAAAGGCACACCAGAGUCCGGUGCACUCGAUCUUAUCACCCGAGAGCCACUAAAGUCCGGAAAUCAAUUGUUCACCACAUAUGGACCUAAAUCUAAUGAAGAGCUCCUCCUAGGAUAUGGUUUCUGUAUUAAAGAUAAUCCAUAUGACUAUGUGGUGCUGAAACCCAACUUUAGUCAAGACCCUGAUGCGGAUAUCAAACAGCAAAUUCUCCAGGACUGUAAUUUAUUAUCUCAGACCGACAAAGACAGAGAGCUUGUUUAUUUCGUCACAAAGGACAACAUCCCGGAAGAUCUUUUGGCUGUAUUUCGGGUACUUGUCAUGAACAGUACUGAAACAGAGAACUACAUGUCCGCCGAUCGACGAGAGCUUUUGGAUUUUGUUGGUUAUCGAAACGAAUUCGCUAUGCUCAAUACCUUGGCUACGCUACUGAAUUACAAAAUGCAGAGUUUGCUUGGAACUGAACCCAAUCUACCGGAACCCCAACCUUGGCAGCAGGAUGCUUUAGAAUAUAGAGCAGGUCAAGUGAGAGUCACAACUGCAGCCAAAGCAUCCGUAGCACACACCCAAAAGCAGCUGAUGGUACGCAUGCAGUCAAACUUUAGACGAGGUCAAAUUGCCAAAAUCUGGCCAUUCUUAGGUAUCCUCAACCCAGACGAUAGCGAAAUACUUUCCAAAAGCUAUAAGGAUCAAGUAGAGACCGCGGAAAAGCUCGAGAACAAUGUUUUAUUGACCGUGGAAGAGGCUUUCCGGUUGGACGAAGAUUUCGCCACUGCCUUGCAGGAAGGAUACCCACGCGAAUCAAUAGACCCAUCAGAUGAAGAGGCUCCGGAUUUUGAAGGUAUUUAUAUGAUGCUUGUGCUGAUCCGCGAACGGUCCAAGGCGCAAAGCAAAUGGAGAAGAUUUUUGAACCAAAUCCCCUCGGAGAUAGCUGAAGACGAUCAACAAGAUGAAUACAUACUUAACAUACAUACUAGUAUUAUACAGCAAACGCUAAUGCCUUCGUACCCUGCCAUCUUCGACCCUAGUGUUUUCACGUAUCAGGCUCUACUAUGGGCGGAUCUUGUAUGUCAGGUGCAUUCAGUCCACACUGAAAAUGACACUGUUACCAUUGUUCCAAUGUAAAAAUAAAAUAAAAUAGACAUAUAAUUGAGAUCAGA